AUGCCAGAUAUUGUCCAUGAAAAACUUAAUUUACUGCCACCAGCAGCUGCCGCUGGUGGCAGCAGAGGUGGGGAGGAGUCCAGUGUCGUCAUUUUCAACAAAUACGAGCUAGGGCAGCUCCUGGGAUAUGGGGCCUUCGCGAAGGUCUACCAUGCACGAGAUGUGCGUACUGGCCAGAGUGUGGCGAUCAAAGUCGUAGACAAGGAGUGGAUCCUCAAGGAAAACCUCAAGGAGAAUGUCAUAAGGGAGAUCUCUAUCAUGUGCUGGCUGCGCCAUCCCCAUAUCGUACACCUUCACGAGGUUUUGGCGACCAAGACUCGAAUAUACUACGUAAUGGAGUAUGCCAAAGGUGGAGCAUUUUUAAAAAAAUCGUGA